AUGGAAAAACCUACAUCACCUGCUGCUCAGCUAGAACCUGAAACCUAUCUCAGUGAUACUGAAGACGACAAACAAAAACGCAACUCUUCAAUGGACCUUGCUGCUGUUCAGCAAUCCUCUAUCGGCGUUACAUUGUUUAAACUUUUUAAUGAAUCUGCCAGUAUAUCUCCUAAUGACGACACUGACGAAGAUGAUGAUGACGAGGACGAAGAUGAAGACGAAGAAGAUAAAAGUUCUUUAGCUGGGGAAUCUAAGCCCGUCGCUCUAGUCGAUACAGAAUCAGAAUUAGAUCGCGUCUCAAAGAUUUCUACAAACGACGAUGCUUCCACCCUAAAGCCCAAGACUUCUAGCGCAUCUAACGAAAUUCAGCAGCUUUCCCUCACAAGUACAGACACAGACCAGCAAAGCAUGUCACGUCUGACUCAAAGUAUUCAUUCCUUAGUCCUCACAAGUAACCGCGCCUCACGCCGCUCCAGCAAAUCCGGUGCGGCAUCAAUAAAGUCUAAGGCUGAGACUAAAGAUGAAGAUGAAGAAUGCAAGAAACGCGCCGGUCUUAUCGCAGAAACCCUUCGUUCAUUGGGUGUAAAUGAUGAUGACGUUCUCGUUGCAGAUUAUCCAUGCUGGCUUCUUAGACAUAUUUUGCUUGAAGGUCGCCUUUACGUGACUGAAAAUGACGUUUGUUUUACAGCUUUUUUGCCAAGCACCCAAGGUAAAACUCUCAUGAGUGGCUCACUCUCCAAAAUGGCUCAUCGCGGGUCCCGCUUGACUCGGAGCUGGUUUGUUCUGCGGCCCGACCAACUCUCCUUUUAUCAUAGCGCCAAAGAGUUGUACUUCCCCCUUGGUGCUAUUGAUCUUCGUUUUGCUUUUCAAGCAGAUCUUGUUCCUGAAACUCCGGGCGGUGAUAAAUACAACUCUACGCUCUUUUCGCUGGUAACAGAACAGCGCACACACACAUUUAAAGCAGACAAUCCGGUUUCAGCUCAACUAUGGGUUAAGUCUCUCCAACGUGCCAUUUUCCUCAGUAGAAACGAAGGUGACCAAGUCAAGAUUAAGAUUCCCGUGGAAAACAUUGUGGACCUUGAGGAAUCAAAUCUUCAAGAAUUUGGUGUCGCACUUAAGGUCCGUGCAAUUGACUCAGAAGAAACUUUUUCGAUUGACGAGUAUGUCUUGGCUUUCCUUCAUCCUUCUAAAAAGUCCGAGGUCCCCCUUGAGGCCAUUCGCCGGGUCAUGGAUAAAAAGGGCAUAAAGGACAUCAACCCUAAAAUUGGUACUGAAAAGCUUGUCGAGGAGCUCUCUGAGUCACGCCGUACAUUGGGCAGGAUUACAGAUUCGACUUACUCAAUUGGUUCUUCGCCCAUCGCAGGCCAAAGCCCGACUCGCUUGGGGUCUAGUUCACCAAUCCUUUACCCCACAGAUGAUGCUUCAAGCCCAGGUAAGUCCGUGACUGGGCUGGGCCGUCGUGUGACUCGCCGCGUGCGCAACAUUGUGGGCCGCGACGGGUCACAGUCGCGGUCUACCUCUCCUAGUAGACUUCAACCUGGCCAAGCAAAUGCAAAUACAGCUGCUGGUGUAUUACCGCUGCAAAAAGAACACAUUACAGCUCAUGAAGAUUCAUCAAUACUGACCCAAGAAGAUAGUUAUAUGGAUGUUUCUCCAAAUAUUUUCCCUAUGGACGGGCUUUCUCGGGAAAACUCACACUCCCGAGACCAUUCACGCGAACGUCAUUUGGAAGAAGUUUCACCAACUCUUCUUGCUACUACCAUAGGUAUGCCUGCGAUUGCGGCUACCGCCACUUCACAACUUCCAACUGCCACUCAAUCUACUACGAGUCUUCUUCCAGGGUUUCGUUUUGGACGGGGUCAUACAGAAGCUGAAAAGAAGAAGCGAGUCCAUGGAACUAUGGUUCACAAGGUAUCUGAUAUGUUUACGAGCACUAUAAAACACUACCAAAAGGGUUCCGAUGAGUAUGUAGAUUCUGAUGAUCUCGAAAAGCUUUUGGUGUCCGAUGAAGAGCGAAAGGAGAGCAACAAGCGAUUCCAAGCCCACUUUAGCUUUGGUGAGGAUGAAGAACUUGUGGCUACAUACUAUGCACAUAUUCAGAAACCCAUCCCCAUUUACGGCAAGAUUUAUGUCAGCAUGAACUUUGUGUGUUUCCGCAGUUUGAUUCUCGGAACUAAGACUAAAAUGGUGGUGCCCUACAAAGACAUUGAGAAUGUUUCUGCCGAAAAUGGCUUUAAGUUUGGGUACUCUGGGCUUGUGAUUGUUAUUCAUGGACACGAAGAUGUUUUCUUUGAAUUUUCCUCUAGAGCCGCUCGCGAUGAUUGCGAAGCUGUGACUUGCAAACGUUUGGAUGUGCUGCGCAUGCAGGGCUCUCUGACAAGUAGUAGCUUCGGUGGACACGAUGAGGCGGUCCACACGCCUCAAGAGCGGCUACGUCUGGCACGAUUGCACACUUAUGAAGAUACCCUCCGCAGCAAGGGUGGUGUGCUUGAUGGUGGCACUUCACCUGCUAUUAUUGAGUCGCGCGAUCAUGCUGCUCCUUUGCUUCCAACGGCAGAAAAGCCUCGCAAGGUUUAUCAUUUCACCUGCGUGACUAUUGGUUCUCGAGGUGAUGUACAGCCUUAUAUUGCCUUGUGCAAAGGUCUGCUGAAGGAAGGCCACAAGUGUCGUAUUGCUACCCAUGCUGAGUUUAAGGACUGGGUUGAGAGCUAUGGUAUUGAAUUCCGUGAAGUUGCAGGCGAUCCCGGUGAGCUCAUGAAGAUUAUGAUUGAGCAUGGAAUGUUUUCAGUAUCGUUUUUGCGCGAUGCAGCGUCUAGGUUCCGCGGCUGGAUAGAUGAACUACUGCACACUACCUGGGAGGCCUGUCAAGGUUCAGACGUUAUAAUUGAGAGUCCCAGUGCCAUGGCUGGUAUUCAUGUUGCCGAAGCUCUCAAUAUCCCAUACUUUCGCGCUUUUACAAUGCCCUGGACACGCACACGCACUUAUCCCCAUGCUUUUAUGGUUCCCGAACAAAAGAUGGGCGGAUCUUAUAACCAUUUGACUUAUGUGUUAUUUGAAAAUGUCUUUUGGAAAGGCAUUUCUAGUCAGGUCAAUAAAUGGCGCGUCAAAGAGCUCGGUUUGGACAAGACUAACUUGGAGUUGUUGCGCCAAAACGAGGUACCAUUUUUGUACAAUGUAUCUCCUUCUGUCUUGGUACCGCCUGUGGAUUACCCAGACUGGGUACGGGUGACUGGUUACUGGUUUUUGGACGAAGGUGCUGCUGAUACAUUUAAGCCGCCUCAAGACCUUGUUGACUUUAUGGAUACUGCACGCAAGGACAAAAAGAAGAUAGUCUAUAUUGGAUUCGGUUCUAUUGUCGUUUCGAAUCCUGCCGAAAUGACUAAGGCCGUUGUUGAGUCUGUGCUCAAAGCUGGUGUUCGGUGUAUCUUAUCUAAGGGCUGGUCCGAACGCUUUGGCGACAAGGACGCUGCCAACAAAAUAGAGGUACCACUGCCCAAGGAAAUCUUCCAAAUUAAGUCUGCGCCGCAUGACUGGCUGUUCCCGCAGAUUGACGCAGCCGUACACCACGGUGGUUCAGGCACGACAGGUGCUAGUUUGCGAGCAGGUUUGCCAACCAUUAUUAAACCGUUUUUCGGGGACCAGUUCUUUUACGCGGGUCGCGUUGAGGAUCUUGGUGUGGGCGUGUUUCUUAAGAAACUGACUGUGAAUGCUUUCUCCAAGGCGAUUGUGGAAGUGACAACCAACCCGAAGGUUAUCAAGAAGGCCAAGUUGCUGGGCAGUAAGAUUCGUAAGGAACACGGUGUGGAUACAGCCAUUGCGCUUAUUUACUGGCAAAUGGACUACGCCAUGUCUUUAGUCAAGAAGCGUCGCCAGAAAGAAAUUGAAAAAGAGCACGAUUCGUUUGGAAUUACAGGGAUUCUGUCUCCUGUUGGUGGUGCCAUUUCGCGCACAUUUACUGCAUCAGCAGAACACGCUGGUGCGCUUGCUUCUCUUGCGUAUCGGCCACUGCUUGAGGUUAGUGGUGUUGGUAGCAGUAACAAUAACAAUAACAGUAACAGUGCUGCGACGCAGAGCUCUCCUACUCUAGGACAGUCAUCGUCACCAUCAUCGCGUGGAUUCUUGCACAUUACCGGCAGCUCCUACAACUUGCCUGAAUCGAACGAGGCAAGCAGUAGUAAAACAAGCACUACAUUGCGGCCAGUGCGCACGUUCCGCAAGAUUAUUGGGCACUCUGAGGAGGAGGAAGAGACUGGGUCUGAAAGUGAGCUGUCAGUUCCUACGUCAUCGACAGAAAGCACUGUUGAAGUUGAUAAAACGUGUGCGCGGACUACAUCAAAUCGCGCUGGAGCAGUUUUGAGCAGCAUCACCUCGCGAACGCGCAGCAGUUUGACGUUUUCGCAUCCAAGCAGAACUAAUAGCGUGGCUAGUAACUCGAGUACUGGAAGCCAGGGAGGACACGGGCAUCCUCAUCACCAUCACCUGGGAGGGAUUCACGCCACUCAUGGGAGCCGCCAUUCGGUUCAUGGUAUUCAUGGAAGCCGGCACUCGAUUCAUAAAACUUCUGUCGGCGGGUCUGCAUCAAGCUCAAGCGAAGAUACACACAAGACAGAUGAGUCUUGGACACUUGUUGGCGAUGAUGAUGAUGAUGAUUCUAAUUAA